AUCGAUGUAAAAGCCUCUUCUCCUCUCUGAGUAAUCUUUCUCUCUACCAGCUACUGGGCUAACAGUCCUACCACUCUAGAUAUGUCUAUACUGUAUCUCUCCAUUUCUUGUCGUUACCUCUUUAAGCUUAGGGGGCUUUUGUAAUUCUAACUCCUUCCACCUAGCUAGCUGGUACCUAUCUUCUUCUGAGAGCUCCCAUCAACAUGGGUUUCUCUCGUUUUUUAUGUAUAUGCAGUAAUUAGUUUUUCUUGGGAGAAAAUAUUAUUAUAGAAUUUGAUUAGUUUAGGGAUAGGAAGCUCUUGGCAUUUCGGUCCACCCCUUGAAUGCUAUUACCAAAAAAGUUAUUCAUCAUACAUGUUUUUAUAAAAUACUUUUAAAAAACAUUUUUUUUUGUUGGUAUGUUUGGGAUAUAUAUAUAUAUAUAUAUGUAUGUAUGUGUGUGUAUAUUUUGUACUUACGACUUUGUCCACCCCUCCUCUCUCUCUCUCUCAUGAUUUUUGCAGGGACAUCAGGUCCUAAAGAAAACCAUUCUGGUUUUCGUCAGUUCAACCCAAGCCUUGAGGGUGCACAUCCAGCCUCCUGCCCCUCCAUCUUGUGUCUGUUUCUGUGAUGAGGAUGAGUUAACCAAUGGUCCAUUUCCUUAGUUUUGUGAUAUUACGGAUGGUGUUUCUUGUAGGACAGUGAGCUUUGCUUCUGUUUUUUCUUUUUUGUUAUUUGUUGUGGAUGGAUUUGGGGGUGGUGGGUUUGGAUGGGGUGGUGGGUUCAGAGAAUGGUUUUGUUUCUCUUGCUAAUUCAUCAGAUCCUGAAAGAAGGCAGAAGUGGUACGGAUCUGGAUUCCUCAAGCAAGAGCGAUCUGAAACUGGGACUGGCACUCCCACUGAAGAUGAUUGGAGAGGCUUAAAGAUGCCCAAAACUACUGAUGACUUCUCAGCCUCCAAGGCAAUGUUGCUUCCUCAGAGAAGUGCUGGUUUACUGAGAUCUAAUAGCACGCUCUUCUCUGAUGGUCAGCAGCAGCAGAUGCUCAGUUUCUCUUCUCCCAAAUCAGAAGCCUUAUUAAUGGAGAGAAGCCCACAAAAUGGUGUUUAUUACAGUAGAAAUACAGGGUACAACGCGGGAAGCUUAAAUGCUGCAAGCAUAACUGGACUGAGAGGACCAUUCACCCCAUCUCAAUGGAUGGAGCUAGAGCACCAGGCCUUGAUUUACAAGUACAUAACUGCAAAUGUGCCUGUACCCUCCAAUUUGCUCAUUCCUAUCAGAAGAGCCCUUGAUUCAGCUGGCUUCUCAACCUUUUCAGGCGGAGCUCUGAGACCCAGUACAUUGGGAUGGAGCUCUUUCCAUCUGGGCUUUUCCAACAGCACUGACCCUGAGCCGGGGCGGUGCCGGAGGACUGAUGGGAAGAAAUGGCGGUGCUCGAGAGAUGCAGUUGCCGAUCAGAAGUAUUGUGAGCGGCACAUGAACAGGGGCCGCCAUCGUUCAAGAAAGCCUGUGGAAGGCCAAAGUGGCCAUUCCGUCUCCGGAGCAACCACCACCACAAAGCUGAUGACUGCUGCCUCGUCAUCAGUGCCGGUGGUGGUGCCCAGUGGCGGCACAUCCAACAGUAUUGCUGAUGCUAAGAAUUUGCAGCCUUGCAGUGCAUCUAAUCCUUCUACAGCAACCCAACUCAACAGGAUUUAUCUGAACAAAGAGAAUGUUGGCGAGAGAGUGCAGGAUACAGCAGGCCUCUCCAUGUUAUCUCCUACUAUUAACUUGAAGCCUAAAGAGAACCCAUUCUCCCUUCCAAAACAGCAAGCUCCAUAUGAAGAGCCUUCUCAAACUGAGUUAGGAAUUAUUUCCUCUGGCUCCCUCCUCAACCCUUCGCAUAAAAGCCCAUCUUUUAACUGCCGAAAUUUUGGUGCUUCCCAGGGCCUCAGCAGCCGAGAAUCCGAACCUCAACAUGCACUUCGCCAUUUCGUAGAUGAUUGGCCUAAAAGCCAGUCAGACCGAUCAACCAUUUCCUGGCCUGAAAUAGGUUUGCAGCCAGACAGGACCCAGCUUUCCAUUUCAAUCCCCAUGGGUUCCUCAACCUUCUUGCCCACAUCAUCUUCUCCUCCCCCAAAUGAAAAGGUCACGCUCUCACCACUGAGAUUGUCACGCGAGAUUGACCCAAUUCAAAUGGGAUUGGGAGUGGGCGGUGUCAUCAAUGAGCCAAAUAACAGGCAAGCUAAUUGGAUCCCUAUAUCAUGGGAAACUUCCAUGGGUGGACCUCUUGGGGAGGUUCUGCAUAGUACAAAUAGCAGUGGUGCUGGGGACUGCAAGAACUCAUCAGCUCUUAACCUAAUGACUGAGGGCUGGGACAGCAGCCCACGGUUAGGGUCUUCUCCAACUGGGGUCCUACAGAAGACAACAUUUGGUUCUCUUUCCAACAGCAGUGCCGGUAGCAGCCCAAGAGCAGAAAACAAAACCCAUGAAGGGGCUAGCUUGUGCAAUGAUCUCCUUGGCACAACUCUUACAAACUCUUCCUCCCUGCCUGCCUUGUAACCUAUGGACUCACAAGUAGAAGACAUCCAAGUGAUGAAGAGAGCUUUUAUGUUGCUGACAGACCUAGAACAAUUAAUUUUGGGAGUUUGAAUUAGUUUUGUUGAUUUCUUAAAUCUUAUAACUUGUUUCUCUUUUGAGUUGGCCUUGUUAAAAACCUAAGAGAGGCAUCUGCCAUGGGCCUGUCAUCUUGAAAUGUUAUUGUGGUUUGUUUUGGUA